AUGAAGCUGCACCUUCUCCUAGGCACUGGACAUGGCACUGACAGCAAGGGUGUCAAGGGAGCAGUUGGACAAAGCUUGGGAGAAGAAGGCCAGCGAGGCUUUGCGGCAAAGGAUUGGGCCACACAACUGGGAGCCGACGGAGACCGAGCCGAGACCAUCGCGGUGGAUCGACGCUUUUUGGCGGGAGAGAGCAGCCGCAUGGUCUUGCUGCAUGACUAUCGUGAUUUGAAGUUCUUGCAGAGGGUUUCAGCCGUAGCCUUGUUUGGGACAUUAAUGUCCUCCUCUGGUUUGGCCUAUGCUUUGGCUUUGACAUGGCCAGUGGAGCGCUGUUUGAUGUUUGCAUUCCAAAUGGUCGGUGUGCCGCUGGCACUGCACGCAUAUUUGCGAACAUAUGUGGCCCGUGCUGUCUUGGAUCCCAAGCGAUCGCAGCUGCUGAUCACUGGCUGCACCUGGUUCGGUGCCCCACGGAGCACGGAGGAGGUGAUCUUCCUGGACCAGUUGAGGCCUGGCCACGCCCUGGAGGGAGGCUUCAUCAAGUUCCGUUUGGAAGGCUCAGCUUGGGACAUUUCUCGGUGGAUCUGGUUUCGCAUGCCACGGGGUGCGCAUGGAACCGACACCGUGCGCCCUGGAAAGCAGGUGGGGAACAGGCCUGUUCAACGUUCAGCCCAAGCCGUUGAAAAGAGCUCAGCGACUGUUGAGCAACCAGGCGUCGGCCAGCGGCAUUUUCUGGGAGCAGGCCUUGGCGUUGAAGGCCGAGAUCGCCCAGAAUUUGCAGCACCUCGGGCUCCGCAAAUCAGGCAGACGCCAGAGCAGGUGACGCCACAAGGUCCUCGAAGAGUCCUGCAGGCUCUCAGGCUGCAAGAUGGCCUGCCAGCCUCGUCACAGGAAGAGCAGAAGUUGUUUGACUUCUUCAGCGAACCUGCAGCCUUCGGCCUGGGGCCUGGCGUCAUCAAAUGCAUUGACUGGUGGCAGUGCUUAAAACGCGAUGGAUUAUAUUGCACGCUCGGCGUGGAAAAAGAAGCGGUGAAGUUGGAGAUCCACGAGUGGCAGGCAGCUAUUCAGCUUCAUAAACUUGUCGAGCUCACUUUCCCAAUCCGCAACCUGGCGGCCGAGAAGACCCGACUGUCAAAGCGUCGGCCAUCAGUGGCACUCUUACAGGACUUGGAGGAUGCACCAGUGGUUGCAGCACCCAGCGAGGAGGAAGUCGCUAUGGCUUGGCGUCCCAAGGAAAAUGCCUCUGGAAGCAGCAGCAGCGAGAACUUUUUGACAAGAGGUGAUCCUGAAAGUCAAGGGCGGUGGACUGUGCCGCCAAGACUUCCCUCUGUCGAUCGUGCUACUCCUCCGCGGACACCUCCAAGGAAUGGUGCGGAGAUGGUGGAGAAAGAAGAGGUUGAAGCAAGAGACUUCCGCAGCAACGAGCUGCGGCCACAUGUGAUGCGGAGCUCCAGCGGACCACGUGCUGCAAGUGUGGGUCAUAGAUACUCACCAUCACCCAGACCAAAGCCAGAGGACCUGCCUUGUUAUGGCCUUGAUGCUGAAUUGAAAGCGAAGGCUGCAGCGAAAUACAGUCACGCUGCCGAAGAAGCUGCUGCGAACUGGGUUCAGGCUGUGACUGGCCACAAUUUUCAAGUUGACUUUGGCACGACUCUCCGCUCAGGCGCAAUCCUGUGCGAUCUCAUCAACUGCAUUCGACCCCGCAGCAUCGGCAAGGUGAACGCACCAGGGAUGCCCUUCAAAGAACGAGAGAACAUUUGCAAUUUUCUUCGGGCAUGUCGUUCAUUUGGAGUACAGGAGUAUGCGCUCUUCUCCACAGAUGACUUGUACGAAGAGAAGAACUUGAUGUCUGUGGUCAACUGCCUUCAUGCCUUGGGUGGUGCCAUCCAGCGAUCCGUGCCUGAAUUCCCAGGUCCCCAUUUGGGUGUGCCGGAUACCUCCAACACGAAGCGCGAUUUCAAACGAGAUCUUGGGCCGGUCUCACAAACUGGAGGACUCCGAGGUCCGCUAGAGAGAUCACAUUUGGACGUCGUCUCCAAUGCCAACGUGAGAGGUGGUGGUUGCUGAUGCUGAUGACAUUUUAGAGGUGAGCCCUCAGGUUGCCACCGUUUUUUUCAAAACUAAAAUGUAAAAGACUUGCACGACCAUCGAAUUUCCCAG